AUGGAAAUGGUGAUUGGAUUGGGAAAGAAAUUGCGAUGGGUUGGAAGAAUGAGAGAAGCAGAGAGGAAGAGGAGAAAAGAGAGAAGCAGACGACGAGAGGAGGUUAGUGAAGAGAGAGGGAGGGAGGGCAUUUUGAAUAUUUGAAAAAUCUGACUGAGGAGCUUUUAAUUAUGAAAAUUUGAAAAUAAUCAUUGCUCAUGUUAGAAUUUUCAAAUUUUUGACACGUGGAGUUUUGGCGCGAAAAUUCAAAUUUAAAUUUUUUGUUGAAAUUUCGCUCUCAAACUUUCAAGAAAAACAAUUUCUAUAGAUUUUCCUCAUUUUUUUCAUUUUCAGAUGGAAUUUCAAGAUUCGGACGAUGAAGUUAUUCAAGCGUUGAAAGUUGAGAGAAUGGUCAGUUUUUGAAAUUUUUUCCAUCCUCAUUUUUUCUUUUUCAGAAAAUCCCAAAUUCUCCUGAAACCCUGGAAAAUUCUUCUCCAAAAUCUUGGAAUAAAACCAGCUUCUUAGAAAGUUAUCGGAACUUUAUUAAAGAACCCGCUGGAAAUGAGAGUUUUGAUGAAGAGAUUUUGAUGGAUAAGAGGAGUAUUCAGAAGCUGCUAGAAGAGGAAAUUAGGGAAACGGUUGGUGAACAUUUUUUUGCUGGAAAUUUGAAAAAGGGCCGAAAUUUUUCACUGUUUCAUAGAAAAUGUAUAAACUGAACAUGUGUUCAAACUAUGAUGGGUUGGUGGAAGUAUCCGAAAAAUGAAAAAAAUCUGCGUUCGGGGGGAAUCGAACCCCCGUCGAAUGCUUGGAAGGCAUCCAUGCUGACCAUUACACCACGAACGCGAUAUGAAAAUUAUUGAAGAAAUUUCGGAGAUAUCAAAACUUCAUUGGAUAUGGGAUUUUCUCGCAGAAACCGGUUAUUUUCACGAUAUCCAAAUACACAGUUUUGAUAUCUCCGAAAUUUCUUCAAUAAUUUUCAUAUCGCGUUCGUGGUGUAAUGGUCAGCAUGGAUGCCUUCCAAGCAUUCGACGGGGGUUCGAUUCCCCCCGAACGCAGACUUUUUUCGUUUUUUUUUAGUUCGAUAAAUUUCAUGCAUUUUCUGUGAAACAGUGAAACAAUUUUCAGCUGAACCUAAUAUUUUUAGAACUUUGAGGAACACUUUUUGAAGAAGUCGAAAUAUUAAGAACGAACUUUUUUUUUUAAGUUUUAGGCUUAAGAUUUCCUACGAAACAGUGAAAUUUUGUGAUAAUCUAAAAUAAUUUUGAAAAGUUUCCAGAAAUUUUUUUUAUGAAAAUUCCAGGCGCUCCAAAAAAUCCACCAAAAUCAUCGUCUCCGCUUCCGAAUAAUCAUGGAAACCAAAAUGCGCGAACAUCGUCUCAAAAAACAUCACACGAAAUUCAGAGCCGCUAGAAAUGUAGGGGUUUUUCUUUUUAAAAAAUAUUUUUGGUUUUUCCUUUCAGAGAGAAGUUAGAAAUGUUCAUUUGUUUCGAUGUUUGCGAAAACAGGAAAAAUUAGUGAGUUCAGAUUCUGAAUCUGAACCUGAAUCUGAUGAAAAUUCCGAUGAAGAUUAUGAUGUUUUUGAAGAGGAAAUUGAAGUCGAUUUGGAUUUUUGUGAGAAAAAAGAGAAAGAAAUUGAUUGCGAAGAGAUGAAAAUUAGAAGAAUACAAAUGAAAAAAUAUCAAAGAUGGGUGAAAAAAGAAAUGGAAUUUCUAUCUCCUGAACCUGAAGAUUAUUGUGCACCUCUGCCAUUUCCUGAUCCAAUUCCAAUUUCAAGUUCAAGUUCACCAACACCUCCUCCUACCAGAAAAGUCCAUUUUUGCCCAACAAAAAAUUAUAAGCAAACUUUCUUGAUACCAAAUAAACCGGAAAAUGAGAAGAUUGAUAUUUGGAAGCCGUCUAGAUUAGUUCAAGGAAAAUCGAUAAGAAGAGUUAAGAAGUUUUUGAGGAAUUGUCAUCGAAUUGAAUUGGUUCGACUUGAGCCGAUGUGAGUUGUUUUUUGGUUUGUUCUGGGAGAAGUUGAAAUUUUGAAACGUAAAAAUUGAGCGUUUUUUUGAAAUUGUUCCUCGAAAAAUAAUUCGCGUUCUGAAUAAGUUUAAAACUCAAAAUUAGAAAAUUAAAAAAAAAAAAAAAAAAAAAAAAUUAUGAGAUUUUUCACUGUUUCAAAAUUCAAAAAAAAAGUAAUUCAAAACUUUCGAAAAUAUUCAAUGAGCUGCUGCUAUAAAAUAAUUUUUUUAAUAUAUUGGAUAUUUCAGAGGUCCACAAAUAGAACAUUUACAGUUUUAACACAAAAAAAGUUAACGUUUAGUUUUGAAUUUUGGGAACCACAAUUUUCGCCGAGAUGUUUUUUUGUCCAAAAUGUAUGGUACCAACCAAAUCCAAAAAAAAAUGCAAAAAUUCACGCGAUUCUGAUUCAAUUUUUUUCAUUCGUUCCCAAGUUAUUGAAUUUUUUGUUUUUUUUUUCGAAAUUUUAUUCUCAUGUAUAUAUCGUCUUCUAAAAAUCCAGAUUAUUUAUCAGAAAAAUAUUGAAACAGUAAUUUUUUAUGGAAAAUUAACUUGACAUCAUAGUAAGUCGAUUAUUUGAAUGAAACAGAAUUCUUGAAACAGUAGAAAAUUGCGAAAAAUUCAAGAAAGAAGUUUUUUCACAUACAUAUGAGACAAUAACAAUAACUUAUCCAUCUUCAAAAUUAAACACAAUUUUUGAAACAGUAAAAAAUAUGUUUCAAAAAAUCUGGAAUAAUUGUGAAAACAAAACUGAAACAUUCACUUUUCGAAUAGAUGUCAACAAAAGUUUUCCCUGGAAUUUAUACGUUUCGGAAAUUUGAGAUAUUUUUAGGAAAAAUUGGGAAGAUCAGUAAGUUCUCAAUUUUCCUCCUAAUUUUUAUUAAAAAAUAUCUGAAAUCUCUGAAAUUAGUUCAAGUUUCUCAAAGUUGAGUAAACCUUUGACAGGUCGAAAUUUUAUAGAAAAUUGUAUUGUCAACAUAAAAAAUAACCCGCAUUCCGAUAAAAAUCUUCUGAAACAGUAAAUUAUUUUUCCAGUGUUAAACUACUAACUCGAAAUGUGAACAGUGCUCGAUUAUGUCAUUAUAUGUUGAUUCGAUUUGGUUUGAAUCAAUGCACUUUUCAUGAACAUGUUCCUACUAACCAAAGAGUUUGUUUUUUCUCUGAAAUUUUUGUUGCUGAAAAAAAUCUGAAAAUUUGCAGAUAAUGCUAGUCAAAGACCCGAAGAAUAUGCAUAUUUUAUUUGCCAUCGAUUGUACAUUUUUCGAUCAUCCUAAAAUUCAUCUUGUGAAUAUUGAAACCGAGAAAUAUCCUGAAACGUGAGUUUUUUUUCCAAUUUCGAUAAACAUUAAUGAAAAUUUGAAAAUGCAAAUAUUUUUCAAGAAUUUUUGAAACUGUGAAAAAAUUGUUCUCGAUAAAAAAAUUCCAGAAAAAAAACAAAAUUGAUUUCACGUGGCACUUUUAUUCUGAAAAUGUCAAAGGUGAAUUUUAUUUUCAAAAAUUGCCACGUGGCAUUAUUUUUGGAUUUUAGAUUUUUUUUCUUAAUUGUAGAAACUUCAAUUGAAAUUUAAAAAAAACGAAUUCAGCAAUAUUUUAUUAGAUUUUCAAAAUUUAACAGUUUGUUUCGUGAAUUUUUGAAACAGUGGAUUUUUUGUUCAAAAAAAUCAUUCGUUUCUGUUGUCUUAUUGAAAGGAUGGAAUGUUAUGAAAUUGAAAGAAUUUUCUAUGAUAAUUUUUUGAAACAGUAAAUUUUCUUAUAAUCAAAAUUUCACAAACCCAAAUGUUCCUCAUGAAUUUCUUGAAACAGUAGAUUUCCGGGAAAAUUGACACUGGAAGAAGUUGAAUCUCAUAAGUUUUUACUGAAAUCUAUUAGACAUAUUCAGAAAAUAUAAGUUAGGACUUUUUAUGGUGAAUUACUUAGUAAUUCUAUGUUAUUUAGCACUUUAAAAAUAGCAUUUGAAACUAUUAAUUUUUUGAAACAGUGAUUUUUUUCACAUUAAUUUUCUCAAAAUUUCCGAUGUUCUUUUGAAACAAUGAAUUUUUAUGUAAACACGGAAUUAGCGAAAUCAAUAUUUCAAAAAUUCGAAUUUUUAUUAUAAAUUUUUGAAACAGUGAUUUUUAUUCCAUUAAAUAUUUGCAGCUACACUCCUCUUCCCCACUGUAUUCGUUCAUUUGUGCUAACUCUUGCCGCCUUCGUUUGGAUCGAUACAAUUUUUCGACCAAUCAAAUCAAAUCGAAAAUCCUGGAUCAAACCGCAAUCUUUAGAACAUUUAAUGUCAAUUUUUGCGAAAAACCAUGAUCGAAUUAUUCAAAAACUACUUGUAACUUGGAGAAAAACCAGAAAAUUAUAGAAACACGGGCUGUUAUUUUUAUAUAUUUAUUUUUUGUAUCAUUUUAUUUAUUUUUCUUCAGUUUUCUUUAUUCAAACAUUGAUAAAAUUAGUUGUUUGAAAUUGGUGUUUCCUGGAGAUUUCCGGGAAAUUUCCUGGAGCCAAGUGACUUGGCUAAAAAAACAAAAAAAAACGGUUCAAAAGUUUCUCCAUAAAUUUUAUCACGACACAUUGUAAAUGAUAAAUUUUGAGCUCAAAUUUCGACCGCAAGCUGAAAAGGUUCCUUUGUUCGAUAUUUCUAUAGAAAACUAUAGUUUGGGGCAGAACUGCGCUUGAAAUGCAACAUUGCGAAAAAAAAUGAGCAUAUAUGCUUUUUGUUUUUUUUUAAAUUUUGCUACGGUAUCUGCAAACACCGCGACAUGAAAAUGCACACAGUUUUUUUUCGCGCGCGCAAAAAAUUUUGCAGACUUUCAAAUCUUCACUUUUUUGUAUUUUGACCCACCGCGAAAGUUUAAAUAUAAACUAAAUUCAAUCGAUCGCGAUUCCCAACAAGAAAAUUCAUUUCAUCAGUUUCGGAAGACGCUCAAAAUGAAAGAAAAUCGACCACUUGCCGAACAAAUGGCGCAAUUGAAUGCACCUGAUACGACAACUGAAAAUUCAUAUAUGGAUGGAUCUUCUUUGAGAAACGAAACGUGUCCAGCCGCAUUGCUUCGUUCAAUCGAUGAAAGUCUUGAAAAACUCUCGCAGGUAAGCAUUUUUCUCAAAAAUUUCAAAAUUAUAUCUAUAUAUAGACUUUUUCACAGAAGAAACGCGAAAAGCCAGCCGUACCAGCGCCGUGUCGCAAAGAAAUGUCAGCAACCUACAAAAUCUCGUUGUGCGAUGUGUUCAGUCGCGAAGGAAAAUGUCCGUACGGCUCGAGUUGUCGGUUUGCACACGGCAAGAACGAGUUGCGAAUGCCGCGAACAACGAGAACUGUGAAAUUCGGCGGGACUUUUUAUGCGGCGCCCGCGAAACCAGCGAGAGGCAGAUGUCGCAAUUUUAUGGCUGGAAAUUGUCGAUUUGGAGAAAAGUGAGAAAUGGGAGUAGGAGGGGAGGCUGAAAAUAAGUUGCUUUUUCAGAUGUCACUAUUUACAUCUGGUUGAUAGCAGUGAAAUGCCAAAACUGAUGAACACGACAAUUCAGCCAUACAUCAAUCAAUCGUUUUCGGAAAUGCCGAGACAGUUGGAAACGCCACCACAGGCUAUGAUGUAUCCACAACAACAACUUCAACCGGAUUUCAAUCAGACGUAUGUAUAUUUCGAAAGAUCUUUUUUUUUUUGAAAAAUAACUGACAUCAGGUCUGUGCCGGAAAUUUUCCGAAUUUUCCGAAUUUCCGGAUUUUCCGGUUUUCAGGAAAAUGAUCUUUAGUAGUAAUACUUACAAUUUUGCCGAAAUUUUGGGAAAUUUUCUCAGUUUAUGAUAGAAAAAAUGAAAUUUUUGCAAUUUUUUUUUCAAUUUUUCAAAUUUUACGAUUUUUUGAACGUAAAACGUCUCAAAUAGUUACUAAAUUAGCCGUGAAUAAAAGAAUUGUAGAUAAAAAUAUAUUUUAGUGCCAACUAAAGGCUGAAAAUCGAAAUUUCUGACUUUGAAAAAUUUUCCGGACUUUCCGGUUCAAAAAAUCCGGAAAUAAUCCUUUUUAAAAAUAAUAAUUUUUUUGAAAUCAAAUAUAAGGUCACGUCUGGAAAUCGAACCAAAAAAAAAUUAAUUUUUUUGUCAAAUAAUUUCUUAAUCGCCACGUCAUAGUUCACGGCAAAGUUUGUGGAAAUUUCGUUAUUUUACAAGAUGUUUUUUUCUUUCAGACUACCAGCACAAGGAACAACAUAUUACUAUCAGCAAAUUCAACAAACUCCUCAACAAUUUGCUCAAUUUCAACAACAAUAUCCAUAUUAUAUGAUGAAUAAUCCGUCAUCUUUUCUUCCUCCAUUUCCACCACCUCAACAAUUGCCAUAUUAUCAAAUGUAUCCACCUUUUCCACAACCAAUGAUACAACAAAAUGUCCAAUAUUAUCAAUGA